AUGGCAGCUAUCGAAGUCCCCAAGACGCAAUGGGCUCAGGUCCUUGAGGAAGUUGGUGGACAGCUCAAGUACAAGGAAAUCCCCGUUCCCACUCCUGGCCCCGAUGAGGUCUUGAUCAACGUCAAGUACUCUGGUGUCUGCCACACCGACUUGCACGCUCUCAAGGGCGACUGGCCUCUUGAUGUCAAGAUCCCUCUGGUCGGUGGCCACGAGGGUGCUGGUGUCGUUGUCGCCAGGGGCCAGCUUGUUCACGACAUUGAAAUUGGUGACCACGCUGGUAUCAAGUGGCUCAAUGGCUCUUGCCUUUCUUGCUCGUUCUGCCAGACUGCCGACGAGUCUCUUUGCCCCAAGGCCCUCCUCUCUGGUUACACUGUCGACGGUACCUUCCAGCAAUACGCCAUUGGCAAGGCUGCUCACGUCGCUCGUCUCUCCAAGGACAUUCCUCUCGAUGGCGUCGCUCCCGUUCUCUGCGCCGGUAUCACCGUCUACAAGGGUUUGAAGGAGGCCAAUGUCAAGGCUGGUGAGACUGUUGCCAUUGUCGGUGCUGGCGGUGGUCUUGGAUCUCUCGCUAUCCAGUACUGCAAGGCCAUGGGUAUCCGUGCCAUUGGUAUUGACGGUGGUGACGAGAAGAGGGCGAUGUGCGAUUCCCUCGGCGCUGACGCUUUUAUCGACUUCACCAAGAGCAAGGACGUUGUCAAGGACGUCCAGGCCGCUACCGAGGACGGCCUUGGUCCCCACGCCGUCAUCCUGCUUGCCGUCGCCGAGAAGCCCUUCCAGCAAGCCACCGAAUACGUUCGCCCCCGCGGUACCGUCGUCGCCAUUGGUCUGCCCGCUGGUGCCUACCUCAAGGCCGAGGUCUUUUCCACUGUCGUCAAGAUGAUCUCCAUCAAGGGCUCAUACGUUGGCAACCGCAAGGACACCCAGGAAGCUCUUGACUUCUACCGCCGUGGCCUCAUCAAGGCUCCUUACAAGAUUAUUGGCCUUUCUGAGCUUCCCAAGGUCUUUGAUCUUAUGCUUGCUGGCAAGAUUGCCGGAAGAUAUGUGCUGGACACCUACAAAUAA